AUGUCCACCUCUAAAACCUCAGAUAAACCCUUCACAGGCUCUGAAAUUAGCCAGACUGAAACAACUUUUUCUUCAUUGCAAAGAAACACCUCCCCAUCUCAACCUACUGAGAGAAGAGGCCGGCGAAAGCAAGCCGAGCCAGGCAGGUUCCUUGGGGUGAGGCGUCGCCCAUGGGGUCGAUAUGCUGCUGAGAUCAGAGACCCCACAACCAAAGAGAGGCAUUGGCUUGGGACAUUUGACACUGCUCAAGAAGCAGCUCUUGCCUAUGAUAGGGCUGCCCUUUCUAUGAAAGGCACCCAAGCAAGAACCAACUUCAUAUACUCUGACAACACAACUUUCCACUCUCUUCUCACUCCUUUUGAUAUGCAAACCCUCUUGCAGCCAUCACAGUUCAUGAUCACGGGCACUCAGACUGAAAACCCCACUAAUCAGACCAGUUCAUAUCAGCCUGACAUGCCUCAUAGUGGAAUAAAUAUUCGUUACAAUGGUGAUACUUCCAUCCAAUCCGAUAAUGACAACAGUUCUCAGUCUUCAUAUGGUUCAUCACCUAAUGAAAACUUUUUUUUCUCAAAUGACACCAACUCAGGCUACUUGGGGUGCAUAGUUGAGAACUGCUUGCAGCCUCUUCCUAAUACCACUACUAUGAACUUCACAAGCAUCAAUGCCAAUACUACGAAUGAUCAAAACUUUGCCUCCAAUUCGAGUUUUCCUGAAAUUCAAUCAAAUUGUCAUGGUAAUGCACCUCCUGCAGAAGCUACUAGUGUAGCAACAAUGGCAUCAAACCCUACAAAUUUUUCAAGCUACGAUGAAAUUUACAAUGGAUAUUGGGGUGAGCAGCCAUGGGAGCUAAAUUCCUGGGAACUCUCUGCCAUGAUCAACAAUCCUAUGAUGGUGGAAGAUGGAUGCAUGGGAACUCUUUAUCCCAUGCACCCCACCGUCAAUAACCCGAGCUCCGAGUUGAUGCCUUCAGUCACUUCUUCAGCAACUUGCUCCUCUAUAGUUUCUCCUUCUGAUGCUAGCUGGAAGGUAUAUGAGGUUUGCUGGAUUGUUGAAGGUUGGAUAUGGCUUAUUCAAGAUGAAACAGGAGGCCAUAUGGAGAAUUAUAUGAAAACAGAGAUGAGUGGAGCUACAGAGUGCUAG